AUGUCCGUUCCCAACGAAUCACCAAAAAAGGAAUCGCGCCUCGAGUCGUCCCAGCCGCCGGAUAUCAAUAAAAAAUAUCCUCCAGCUGCGCAGCAAAAGACAACUCAGUCGGCCUCAGAUGUCAUGUUUUCGAACUAUGUCUGCGCUAUAUGCUUGAGUAUUAUCGAAGAUGGAGUUCAAGUGCGCGGCCUUCCCUGUGACCAUGCUUUCCAUGUUGAUUGCGUGGACAAAUGGCUACUCUGGCGCCGGCCAUGCUGCCCAGUAUGCAAGGCGUCCUACCAGAAAAACCUAGGAGAGGUGUAG